UGAAUGAUGAAAUUUGUGUUUGUGUUUGAGGGGGCGGUGGGGGCGGCUGCUAUUUGUAACGCAUUGGCACUAUAAUGUUUCCUCCUCUAUUGUGAGAAUGCAGUGUGACCCGGAGGAUGAAAGCGAUUGUGAUUCUGCCUGUAAUGGUGGUCUUCCAAACACUGCACUGAGGUACAUUGAAGAGGCAGGUGGGCUGAUGACGGAGGAAGAUUACCCAUACACUGGAAGUGCUGGAACGUGCCAAUUCGACAAAAACAAGGUUGCUGCUGCUGUGGGUGAAUUUCACUCUGUGUCUGUCGAUGAAGAACAGAUUGCUGCAGCGCUUGUGAAGUAUGGACCUCUUGCUGUGGGAAUCAACUCGGUCUUCAUGCAGACAUAUUUAAGAGGAGUGUCCUGCCCGUUGUUCUGCAGCAAACGCCAUCUGGACCAUGGCGUGCUCCUUGUUGGCUAUGGAAAAAGGGGUUUUACACCUGUCCGCCUCGGGUACAAGCCCUUCUGGAUCAUCAAGAAUUCGUGGGGUCCUCAUUGGGGCGAGCAUGGGUAUUAUCGAAUCUGUAGAGGAAAGGGUGAAUGCGGGAUAAACAGCCUGGUCUCUGCUGUGAUGGCUGUGGAUCUGAGUGGCAAGACCCCUGGCGCAAGGGGGAGAACGGAGGCAAUUGCCACACAGUAGGCCUGUUUCAUCGCAGAGGAUGUGUGUUUACAGCCUGGUCUCAAUCUGUGAUGGCUGUGCAUCCAAGUAAGAAAAAAACCAUGUGGGAAAUGCAGGGACCAUCGGGACCGAGGCAUUUGGCAAAGGGUGCGUUUGAAGUGUGAUGUACAGAUGUACAGGGAUACGAACAAAAUCGCAGGCUUCAUGAAUGUUUUGACUUUUUUUAAGUCUUAAGUUUUACAGAAAAGUUGUGUAAAAUAGAUCUCUCUUUCAGAUCCAUUUGUUUUCGGAAAUCCUCAAAUUACAGUGGUCAUCGAUCUCUUGGGAUGUACAGACAGUCGCAUGUCUGUGCUUGGAGCGAAAGGCGGUCGGAAAAAUACGAGCGUCGUAUGGUUUCUAUGGCAGCAGCUGUAAGAGCUGAUGAGAUGGUGGGACCAUUUGUCCAUGGUUGCUGUUAUGGUCAAGCAUGUGGAGCAAAGUGAGCCUGCAUAACAAUGGUGUCGGUAUAACGUCUGCCAGAGCAGUUUUCCACUGCUGCUGGUUUUGCCGGUAGAUGUGCAUAACUCAUGCUACCACCCUGCGGGCUUACUUACCUUCCCUGUUGGGACCGGGGGGAAGAGGAGGGGGGGGGGGGGGGGUGUGAAUGGAAUGUCUGUGGACGUGUGGACUGAGUUCCACGAGGCUAACCAUUCGGAGGGGUGUGUCUUACGGGAAAAAUGUCCAGGAGGGUUAUUGAUAUCAUGGCAGGUGGAUGAAUAUCGUGUGUAUUUCCGAGGAUUGUGGAGAACGAGGUUUUUUUUUUUUUGUUUGUUUUGUUGGGGGAGAAAGGGCUACUAUCUACUUGCUAAGAAAGGGGGAGGCAAACGGAAUGUCGGUGGAAAGUGUGGACUGACUUCCGCUAGGCUAACCAUAUGGAGGGGUGUGCAUGACAGUAAAGAGUGAGGGAGUGUUAUUGAUAUCACGCAAUCACGGCGAGUGGAUGGAUAUCAUGUCUAUUUCCGAGUCUUAUGGAGAAAGAGCUAUUAUAUCCUUGCUUCGGGAGGGUUAUUGAUAUCAUGGCGUGUACCUGUUUAGGUCAGGACAGCUGAUUGAAUGUCAUUCGUGACAUGGAGUAUUAGUUUUACAGGACCGUGCACUUACAUAUUCUUUUUUCCUUUUUUGAAAUGGGAGAUGAGAGGUGACGAUGCUGUUUGGAAAGAAAGAACAUGUUCGCUGAUGUUGCAGCAGGUUGGUGGAUUACUUACACGGGACCGCGUGCUCAUGUUUUCUUUCUGGAAUGGGAGAUGAGAGGUGCAAAUGCUGUUGCGAAGGAAAGAACAUGUUCGUUGACGCUGCAUCAGGUUGGUGGAUUACUGACACUGGACCGCGUGCUCAAUGUUUUCUUUCUGGAAUGGGAGAUGAGUGGUGCAAAUGCUGUUGCGAAGGAAAGCAAUAUGCUCGUUGACGUUCCAGGAGCUUGGUGGAUUAGUUAUAUAUGGACCGCGUGCUCAUGUUUACUUUCUGAAACGGGCGAUGAGAGGUGCAGAUGCUGUUGCAAAGGAAAGAACAUGUUCAUCGACGUUGCAGCGGGUCGGUGAUUGAUAUCAAGUAGGGUGGAUGGACUGAACACAUUGUAUGGCUUAUGGAGAAGAGAGCUGUUAUAUCCUUGAUGAGAUGCCUGCUCGUAGGUCAGGGAAGGCACUGCUUGUGUAUAUAUAAUAUAUAUGUUUUUGAAAUGGGUGACAAGACUCGAGGUUCACAUACUGAAAGUCAUCAGCGAAGCGGAUAUAAUCCAUCCUUCGGCAGCGAUUCCAAUGCGUAUCGAAAAACGAUGCCGUUUCGCUUGGCUAUACCAUACUCCGAUGAGAUAACGCGACCGACCAACGGCCUCAACAGAAAGGGGACAGCAUGUGCAUUGAUGUCGUAAACAGCCGGUCGGUGAAUGGGUCCGUGCUGUGCUUAUGGCUGUACUCGCAAGCAUCCAGCUGGGUGCGCAGAGGAGAGACCAGCAGAGAGAGUGGGGAGAUUGACAAGCAAGCAGCUGGCUGGGAAGGAAAAUGCCUCGUUUUAAAACCACAAGUACUUGUGACCCUUUCUUAGCCGAGCGUAGAACCACUGUGCGCGCCCAACAAAAGAGGGAACCGGCGGUUGUAUUAUUUAUUAUUAUUAUUAUUUUUCUUGGUUGGUGCUGCCAUCCAUUUAGCUCCAGCAGGUCAUAUGCCCUGAAAGGCACGGUGUGUGCGCGGCCGUGCUGGAGAGAACUCGCUGGGAAAUGUACUGGUGGUAUACUGCACGUUCUAUUUCGGUGGAUGGGACUAUUAUUUUUCUUUUCACAAGAAAACAGGACUUUGUGGUCCCGGCUCAAGCAUGGGAUUAUUAUUAUAUUAAUGUAAUUGGUUAAAGGCUUAAAGCAGCAGGUCAACUGGUGAGUAAGUGCUAAUCGAUGGAUAGAGGAAAUAUGAAGAAACCUGGAUUAUUAGUAUAAUAAUUGGUUAAAGGCUUAAAGCAGCAGGUCACCUGGUGAGUAAGUUUGUUAAUUGAUGGACAUAUACAUUCCGCGUGCGCUGUCAGUGUGUAUAGUGCAUAUGACAGAGGAAAACACAUGAACGAAGCUCGAGUUGAAUGUGAGGACAUGAUUGAUUGAUGUACUUGACAGAAAACAAGGCACCUUCUUGUUUAUGCCUUUUCACAUGG